AUGGUGGAGAGAGGACACUGGGACAGUAAGGCAGAAUUUCUCUUGGCUGCAGCGGGUAAUGUUGUUGGCCUGGGCAAUGUGUGGAGAUUUCCUUACCUCUGCUACAAAAACGGAGGUGGUGCAUUCUUGGUGCCAUAUCUAGUAUUUGUGGUGACAUGUGGUGUACCCAUGUUUCUGCUGGAAACCACUAUUGGUCAGUACACACAGGAGGGGAGCAUCACCUGCUGGAGAAAGCUUUGCCCACUGGCAGAAGGUAUUGGCUGUGGUGAGGUGUUGGUCCAAUUUUAUGCCUGUACGACCUACGUCAUUGUUCUGUCCUGGGCUUUGCUCUACCUUAUGUUCUGCUUCAACUCUCAGCUGCCUUGGGCCACCUGUAGCAACUACUGGAACACAGAUAAUUGUGUUGAAAUUUCAACACAAAAUAACACCGUCAAAUGGACCAACCAGACCAAUACAACCUCUGCUGCACUAGAAUUCUGGGAACACCGAGUGUUGGCUCUGUCAGGGGGCAUUGAGGAGCUUGGAAGCAUCAGGUGGGAGGUGCUGUUGUGCCUAAUUGCAAUGUGGAUCAUCUGUUACUUUUGUAUCUGGAAGGGCGUCAAGUCAACAGGAAAGGUGGUUUAUUUCACUGCUACCUUUCCCUAUAUAAUGUUGUUCAUCUUGUUGAUCCGUGGACUUUCGCUUCCUGGAGCUCUACAGGGAGUGAAGUUUUAUCUUCUUCCGGAACCAUCGCGUCUGAUAGACCCUCAGGUUUGGAUGGAGGCCGGGGCUCAGAUCUUCUUCUCAUACAGUUUAUGUGGGGGUGCUUUAAUUGUGCUUGGCAGCUACAAUACCUACAACAACAACUGCUACAGAGACUCUCUGUGGCUGUGUUUACUGAACAGUGGUACUAGUUUGGUUGCUGGCUUUGCGGUCUUCUCUGUGCUGGGAUUCAUGGCUCAUGAACAGGGCGUUCCCAUUGCACAAGUGGCAGAAUCAGGUCCGGGCCUGGCAUUCAUUGCAUACCCUCAGGCUGUAGCCAUGAUGCCUCUCCCUCAACUGUGGGCCGUCUGUUUCUUUGUAAUGGUGAUUCUCCUGGGUCUGGACACAGCAUUUGUUACAAUGGAAGUGGUGAUAACAUCCAUCACAGAUAUGGUUCCAAGAUUACUGCGCAGAGCAGGGCGACAAGAAUGUUUCUUGCUCCUCUUCUGCCUCAUAUGUUUCUCCUGUCAGCUCAUCAUGAUCACUCAGGGAGGAAUGUACGUGUUCCAGAUGUUUGACUACUAUGCCUGUAAUGGAGUCUGCGUGCUCUUUCUCUGCGUGUUUGAAUGUUUGGCACUGGGCUGGGUAUUUGGUGCAGAGCGGAUUUGUGUCAUCAUAAAGGACAUGACAGGGGUGCAGACAAAUCCAUUCUUUAAAAUCUGCUGGUGUUACCUCACACCUUUGGUUGCACUGGUAUGUUUGGCUUUCAUUGGUACAUUUAUAUGUUCCUUAGUUAAGUAUCAGCCUCUGACCUUUAAUCACUGGUACGUGUAUCCGACAUGGGCCUACGUGCUGGGCUGGAUACUGGCACUCUCCUCCAUCCUGUGUGUGCCGGGAUGGGCUCUCUAUAAACUGUGCACUGGGAGCGGAACCCUGAGUCAGCGUUUCCAUGUGCUGUGCCAGCCUGACUGCUCACUGACCCAAAGGAAAGAAACCGAGCUGGAGCAAAUGACAGGAGAAACUUUGAUCAAACCCAUCACCAACUGAUAUAAAAAAUUAAGUGAUCAUUAUCAGAAUUUCUGAUGGUUUUAUGUGUUGAGCAAUGACAGUGUUGCUAGUUUUACUGCAGUUAUCAGUUUUUUACCCCUUAGCCAAAACAGACCAUGGAAGGAGAGCUGUUUAUUUUACCCUUUGCCGUCCAGGUGGACACUCUAUAUUUUUAUCUGUCCAUUGGU